GAAAAGUGCUGCUGAGGCCUCCGUGACUCAGGAUCAGUGAUUUAAGAGGAUGAUGGAGCAUUUCUCUGUUGCAGAAUGAGUACUGUGACUUUUGACAGGCCUACUCUCAGCACAUUUCGCCGGUACUACUUCUUUAGGUCCACUUUUAAAUGCAGGACCUUUCACUGUAAUGGAGUAUUUCUACUCGAGUAAAGAAUCCGAGUGGGCUACUUCUUCGACCACCGAUUGAUAGUAGGUCAUCGUGAAUUGGUCUGCGGGCUGAUGGGCUGCGUUGACACUUCUGCGAGUUUGUGUUGUAACCCGUUGACCGGGCAGCGCCUCUGAGCGCAGGGACGGUCUCAUAAAGGGCCCGGUUUUUCUGUGCCGGGCCUUGGUCUCCGCGGGACGAGGCUCCCUGGAUGCCUGUUAUAUAACAGUGACGUAACACCGUGUUCCCCACGCGGCCCGCACGGCCCCGGCCCACGAACUGUACCGGAGAAAUCACCACGAGGAGCGUGCGGUGUUGUCGGGUCGGGUCGGGUCGGGUCGGGCCGGGUCGGGCCGGGCCGUGGUCCGCUUCGCCGCUGCGUGAAAUCGUCACGGUAAAUUCGGACUUCGCGAGCGGCGGGGGGUGACGUCAGUGCGAGCUUUUCUGGGCCAUCGACGUCAGCAGCGCAGCGCGUUGUUGCAGAGUCACUGCGACGGUUUCGACUGUAAACAAGGGGCACCGCGGAGAAAAGUCAGGAAUCGGGCCUCCGCGUCCGCGCCGAACUACCCUCUCGUUAUUCACGGCCGGGACUAAUUCGCGAGCGACUCCGUGCUACGAGUCUAGCCCUCCAUGCGCAGUCUUUUCUAAAGGCACAGGGCGGUUUUUCUUUUUAGUUUUUAGCGGAGACAGUCGCACAGAGCUAGCCUCUCAAGCUAGCCACUCUGUCCCUUUUAGCUUGCCCUAGCUGUCGAUAGCCUUGCUGGCUACUCAACAUCCGAGGGCCUGCUUGCGAGGGAAACACCCUUUAUGCCCCGGGUAUAUCUCUCUGUACUGCGACCAGGAUAUCCUGAACCCUGGGUGGCUGGUCAGAGCGGCCUCCUCCCACCAUGGAGGCAGGAGGGAAGGACUGUGAAGAGGAGACACUGCAGACGGCGUUUAAGAAGCUGAGGGUCGAUGCUGAAAGCGUACCUGGAGCUGCGAGUGUUACGGAGGGGUUGGCUCCCAGAGUGGCAUCGCGACCUUGUCUUGACACCAGCGGAGCGAAGCCCAAACUUAGCUGCCCGAAGGACAACUGGCAUGGCUGUAUGAGGAAAACUUCUAGAGGACCAUCUAGAACCCAGCGGCGUCGGAGGUCCAAGUCCCCCAUCCUCCAUCCCCCAAAGUUCACCUACUGCAGCACCGCUGCAGCCUCUGCACUGUCGACCCCUAGUGGCUGCCUGAAGCACCAGCGUCUGGCCGUGCCUGAAUCUGCGGAGCCCCGUCCUGCGGUCGAUGGAAGCACGGCCUCCUCCACAGCUCUCACGGCCCAGAAAGAGCUCUCGUCUUCAGGCACACCCAGCCACAUCUCUCCUCUGGUUUUUGGAUCUUGUGCUGGGUAUGAGACACGCAUUGGAGCUGCGGUUUCCUCGCCAUCCUUAAAAGAGAUCCCCGACGUUAUGACUGCUGUUGUGACAUCCAGGCAGGAUGGGGGAAGCUCUGGAGAUGUCCAGCCGAGCGAGGAGGGUGGCCCGGAGAAAAGUGCCUGUGACGGAGCGGAGUCUGUAGCGGGAGCACCGCGGAGAUCCGGUCCCGCUGAGGCCGCUGACUUCCGAGCUUUAUCCCAGCUCCACUGCUUUCCAGAUGGCCCCCCUCACUGCUCCUGUGCCCAGAGAAAUAGUUCAGAUUCCCAGGAAGAGAGUGGGCAGGGGGCCGAAUGUAAGUGCCAGUGCCAGUCGCAUCAUCAGGGCUGGCAGGGCGUGGAGGUGUACUCCUUCACGGGGCUCCGCAACGUCAUCUCCGAGUGUGAGAGCGGCCUGCCGAGCCACGACGACACCCCCAGAACUGUCAGUACCAACAGUAAUGCUGCCGCAGCCUCGUCACCUUCAUCGUCACCACCGUCGUCGUCGGGCUCUCCUCGCUCGUGCUCGGAGCAGGCACGGGGCUACGUCGAUGACAUCACAAUAGAGGACCUUUCUGGCUACAUGGAGUAUUAUCUAUACAUCCCCAAGAAAAUGUCACACAUGGCUGAGAUGAUGUACACUUAAAAAAGUCAAAAGAUUAUUAUUAUUAUCAUCAUCAUCAUCAUCAUAUCAAAUAAGGAAAUAAUAAGGUAAAGAGGUUUUUCUCUGUUCGGGGAAAGGGCGGCCUCUAAGGAAUGUCGCCGUUGGGGAGGAGAAUGGAUCAGGCAUGAAAUAUACGACAUCAACUGAUUUUCCACCCAGGCUGAAAGGUUUCCAUUUCCCCUGCCCUCUGUUUGAGCCUUCCCCUCAUUUUACUGACAGAAUCACAUGGCCGCCAACUAUUUCAUUUCUCUCACUACUUUUUUUUUUUUUUUUUUUUUGUGCUACAUGGAUCUUUUUUUUUUUUUUUUUAAUUUAAUUUUCAGUUUACAAACAAAGUUGCCAAAGCUCUUGGUGCAGGAUCUUGCAGAAGGAAAUAAUAGUAGGAAUAUGCAAACUUGUAAUACCAAGUGUGAUUCUGUUUGUGGUGUUGUGACCUUGAUAGUCACCUGUCUGGAUUUCAUUUGCUUCAAUAAAGACGCAAAAUGUUUUUGUUG